CCACAAAUGUAAUUGGGUCGGUGACCGGCGCGACCCUUGUUUUUAUUUUGAGUUGAGCAUGUCGAAGUGCAAAACAACGGUAACGGCCUUAGUGUGGGGACGAGUUCGAGUACCUUGCUCGUGGUAACGCAGUAGGUAAUAAUAACUACAAGGAGAGGAACGGCGGCCCUAACCGUUUUCCCUCCCCACCACCACCUCGUUUUUUUUCCGCCUCUUUCUUGUCGGAUGAAUUUCGGCGAAGUUUUAAAACGUGCCUGGCUUCUUUUUCUGCUUGCAGUCGAGUUGCUUGAAAUCUCCAGAUUUCAAGAGAGACAUUUCCGUAGCCUGGCUGUUGUUUUGCCGGCUGGGCGGUGAGAGCGAACUAAUUAUACCUUCGAGGCGUAAUUUCCUUCUUUGCCCUUUUAGCGAGUAGGAAGGCGCACGUCCGCACAUCUCUGUAAACCCCGUUAGUAUUUUGGAGGGCCUCGUUGGUGCCUCCCCGGGAGAGGAAAGGGGAGUUCCAUCUGGAGCUGGAAAACCCAUUCAAAAGAAGACACUCUUCAAUAGUUUCUCCAUGAUAUUAUAAACAGUUGAUGUAACAAUGGUACUAAUACUGGGUCGCAGAUUGAACAGAGGGGAUAGUCGGGCCCAGGAGUCCCCAGUGACAAAGCGUAAAGUUUUUGAAAUGGACCCAAAGUCCUUAUCAGGCCAUGAGUUCUUUGACUUCUCAUCUGGAUCAUCCCAUGCUGAAAGCAUACUCCAGAUCUUCAAUGAAUUUCGUGACAGUCGCUUGUUCACAGAUGUCGUAAUCUGUGUGGAAGGCAGAGAAUUCCCCUGUCAUCGAGCUGUUCUUUCUGCCUGCAGUAGCUACUUCAGAGCUAUGUUUUGCAAUGACCAUAGAGAAAGCCGGGAGAUGCUGGUUGAAAUCAAUGGCAUUUUUGCAGAAGCUAUGGAUUGUUUUUUACAAUAUGUGUAUACAGGCAAGGUAAAAAUCACAACAGAUAAUGUGCAAUAUCUCUUUGAAACAUCAAGCCUCUUUCAGAUAAGUGUUUUGCGUGAUGCUUGUGCUAAAUUCCUGGAAGAGCAGCUGGAUCCUUGCAACUGUCUAGGAAUCCAGCGUUUUGCUGAUACACAUUCUCUGAAAACUCUCUUUACCAAAUGCAGAAAUUUUGCCCUGCAGAAUUUUGAAGAUGUGGCCCAGCAUGAAGAAUUUCUUGAGCUUGGAAAGGAUGAACUUAUUGAUUAUAUUUGCAGUGAUGAACUUGUAAUUAGUAAAGAGGAGAUGGUUUUUGAAGCAGUCAUGCGCUGGGUUUACAGAGCUGUUGAUCUCAGACGCUCAAUGCUACAGGAGCUGCUCACACACGUGAGGUUACCUUUGUUACACCCAAAUUACUUUGUUCAAACAGUAGAAGUGGACCAGUUAAUCCAGAAUUCCCCUGAGUGUUACCAGCUGCUGCAUGAAGCAAGAAGGUACCACGUACUUGGAAAUGAAAUGAUGUCACCAAGAACUAGACCACGGAGAUCAACUGGCUAUUCUGAAGUGAUAGUUGUUGUUGGAGGCUGUGAACGAGUUGGAGGUUUUAAUUUGCCAUAUACAGAAUGUUAUGAUCCCAUGACAGGGGAAUGGAAAUCCUUGGCAAAAUUGCCUGAAUUUACAAAGUCUGAGUAUGCAGUUUGUGCUUUGAGGAAUGAUAUCCUUGUUUCAGGUGGAAGAAUCAACAGUCGUGAUGUGUGGAUUUACAAUUCUCAACUUAAUAUCUGGAUCCGAGUUGCCUCUCUAAAUAAAGGGAGGUGGCGCCAUAAGAUGGCUGUCCUCCUUGGUAAAGUAUAUGUGGUUGGAGGAUAUGAUGGGCAAAGCCGAUUGAGCAGUGUGGAAUGUUACGACUCAUUUUCCAAUCGAUGGACAGAGGUAGCUUCUCUUAAAGAAGCAGUGAGUUCUCCAGCAGUUGCCAGCUGUGUAGGCAAGCUCUUUGUGAUUGGUGGAGGCCCUGAUGACAACACAUGCUCUGAUAAGGUUCAGUCCUAUGAUCCUGAUACUAAUUCUUGGCUGCUCCGUGCAACAAUCCCUAUUGCAAAGAGAUGUAUAACGGCUGUAUCACUAAACAAUCUUAUUUAUGUUGCGGGAGGGCUCACAAAGGCAAUAUAUUGCUAUGAUCCAGUUGAAGAUUAUUGGAUGCAUGUACAGAAUACAUUCAGCAGACAGGAAAACUGUGGUAUGUCUGUGUGUAAUGGCAAAAUCUAUAUCCUUGGUGGGAGGCGAGAAAAUGGAGAAGCCACAGAUACCAUUCUUUGUUAUGACCCUGCAACCAGCAUCAUCACAGGAGUAGCAGCCAUGCCAAGACCAGUUUCCUAUCAUGGAUGUGUGACUAUUCACAGAUACAAUGAAAAGUCCUUUAAACUGUAAAGAGAGGGAGAGAGAUAGAGAUUAUUUGAAUAACGAACCAGUGGCAUGUUUUUUUAUUCAGGUUCUGAAAGAUAAUAAGAAAAGUAAAGUUUCCUUUUACAACAUGUCUUGAAAGAAAGAAAAAAACAUUGUGCUUCUUGAAAUUUUAAAUGCAUUCAAAAGUAACAAUUAGAUAUUUCCAGAAAUUGUAGUUGAAUAAUUUCUGGUCUGAAAACUGUAUUAUUAAUUGGAUAAUGUUCACCUUUAUUAUCUUUAAUCAACGCCUUGGAUUUUGGUUGUGGAACAUUGCUUUUGCAAGUAUUCAUGCCUGUUUUAUAUUGACUAUUAUCUGCAUAUUUUCAUCGCUUUUUGGUUAAAUGUUAACAAUUACCGUCAAAGAUACAUGAAAGUUUGCAUUCAUAUCCAUAGCAAUGUACAGAUAUUCUAAAAAGAAAACUACUGUUUUGUCAAAUUGGCUUUUUCAGCUUUGUUCUUUUGUAUGUAUACCAGCAUUGUUAUUAUAUCUGAAGGGAAAGAAUUAAACAACUUCAAAAUACUGUUUUGGGGUGCAGGGUAGCAGUAUUCAAACAGGAAGCAGUGAUGUACUUCUAUAUCCUGCUGUUUCCACCACAACUGGUGAUCUCCUCAGUCUACAGCACCACUCUCUGAAAUAUGCUUUUUACACCAUAGUGUGCUGCAACAGGAGAGGGAGGGGAAGAAAGUCCUGAUUCCACUGGAUACAAAAAUAGACCACUCAACCUUGGCCUUAGUCUGUUGCGGAAAAGAAAAUAACAUUUUGUUGUUUCAAAAAACCAUGUUCUUCACUAUAAGCACUGCUCCUUUCUUCCCAAAUAAGCACAAUAUGUAUUUAAGAUUGUUCAGUUAAAAAAGCAAAUGAGCUUUGCAUUAUUCUUAUACAGUGAGAGAAUUUCUUUGAAUACUUCUGAACCAAAUCUUUAAACCUCUUCAUUAUCCCUUGUGUGUUCCAAAUACUCAUGUGUAGUAAGUAUAUCUGAGUGCAGCAGGCAACAAUUAUUCAUCUGAAAUCCCCUGUAAAACCUAUGCAUUUUGAUUAAAAUUAAAGAGAUGAUCUUCUUGUGGCUGCACAAUACCCCAGGUUCAGUAGUCUGUUAUCAUGGAAUAUAAUGUUGAGAGUGGAAGUUCUCAAUUCAUUCACAUUGUGCAGCUGCUGUUUAAAUUUCAGCACAUAGUACUCCUUGCAAAGAAUGAGUAAAUCUAGUGCAUUUAUUCCAGUCUCUAGUGAAGAUUUCUCUAUUUCUGGUUACAGAUUUAGUAAAUAUACAUGGACUUGGCAUUGCAUUUUGGUUGUCACAUUUUUUUGGAUCAGACUAUCCAAAAAACAGCCAUUCAUUAUAAAUAAUAACUGAGCCAACUGUACAAGAGAGAAAGUUAGUUGUAACAGCAUAACUAGACAUGAGAAGUCAAUUGCCAAACCAUAUUUUUAUUUGGUACUUUCAUGUCAGUUUCCUGAGCCUGCCUUUAAUGAGUUUACUAAAUAGGAUAUAUGACAAACUUCGUAUUCACAUUUUAUUUGCAAUUUAGAAUACUUAUAUUCUGAAUACUUUGAUUCUUCAUAGGAUCCUUGAUAACUAUGCUAAUGCAAGCUAAUCCCUAAUCCCUCAAUUAUUAGAGAAGUUAUGCUUAUCAUUCUACCUUCAACAGAAUCUCAGGUAUAUACCUGACAUUCCUGCAAUGAUAUAUACUUGCUUACUGCUUAUUUUCCUAUAAAUUGACAUUUCAUAUUCAUAUAACUUAGGUUGUUAAGCAAUAACAAUAACUUCCAGUUCCCCUCAUACUAAAUGCGCAUCAUGGCUAUCUUAACUUUGAAUGUGGUUGUUCUAAAUAGUGAUGUUGUGUUGCAUUCAGUCCAGUUGCCCAGAUUCAUCAACCAAUAAGUUCUUUUCACCAUACUUUUCGUUUUCCAUUCAUUUUACUGUGAAUAAUCCAAUGUAACCGUUGGACUUUUUGUUUCUUAUUGCAUGGCCAGAGUAUUCUUGCUUUAUGCCUUCUUUAUUUUGAAAGCUGGAAUACUGUCACAUAAAAAUGAAAAGUACAGUUGGUUACAACUUACAAGUAAUCAUUCAAGAUAAAGAAGAUAAGAAACAAUCCUUAAAAUAUUUAACCUGGAACAUUCCAGUCAGUGUCAAUUCAUUAAUUCUUUUCAUUAAUUCAAUUGGGAUUUAAGCCUUGUUCCUUCAUUUUUAAAAACCUUUUCAAAUGUAGAUGCAACUAUUGAGUAAUUAUUGGAGGAGUUCUGCUACUAUUCACACUGACCAAAAUCUUAAUGAUUAGUGUAACAAAUUGUGAUAGCUUAGGCCCGCUGAACCUAAGGGGAUUUGACAGUCAUCUCCUACAUAAAUUCUAUUGAUUCAAAUAGGCCUACUGUAACUGCAAUUUUAUAUAAAUAAGCAACGUUUCUCUCUUAACCAAAGAUUUGAUUUUUAUGGCUAGUAUUUCUGCUAUUUAAAAAAUCUGACAAGAUAAAUACAUAAAAUAUACAUCAUUUUAGCAUUGUCCCAUUAAAAAAUAAUUAACCAAAUAACCAUGACAUUACUCCCUUCAGAUAUACAAACACUGAAACAAUACAGUUCACAAUUGGUAGGUCCUAUGUAAUUUACUGAAUAUUACUAGUAGUUGCUGUUGUUUCAUGGCCUUUGUGUUGCAGUCAGCACUGAGCUUGGUUCCCUUCAAUAUUAGGACAUUCAUGGAUUAUGUAUGUGUGCCUUUCAUUGGCUUGUUUUCUCCUAGCAUCAGUUUAUACUCCACCAGUCUACAACACCCAUAAUGCCUGCUUCCUUAAAUUAUAUAUUUUGCAACAUACCUUAUUGGGGAUUAUGUUCAUAAUGCCUGUUAAGAGUUCCUGUUUAUAGAUAUAAACUAACCUGGUGCUGUUGUGUAUUUGAAAAUGGUACAAGUGCCAAAACCUUUCUAUAUAAAUCUAGCAUAUUACCACCUGUAGCAGAUUUUACCCACUUGGUAUCUAAGAAGUUUUAUCUUCCUCCUAUGCUCACUGUUCCCUGCUCUCAGACUCCACUUAAAUGAAACUGAUAUGGACAAAAGACUGUAAUUUGCAUCCUUCAACAACAUUUGUUAUGUAUUUUAUUAUUUAACUCUGCUGGAUUCAGCCUGCUUUCCUACUGUCUUUAUUUCUCCAUGUUGGUUUUCUGGCUCCAGCUUCUAACCUGCACUUCAAUGCUGUCACAUAAGUUAGGUUUCUCAAAUGUGAUACUGUAUGUACUUAUUCAGAAGUAAGUUCAAAACAGCAAAGUUGGGCACCCCUUCUAAGCUUGUAGAAGAUUACUGUCACUGUGGUCUGAACCCUACAUUGAUUGUGCCUUGGCCAUGAUCAUGAUUGUGAACAUAGAGCAAGGUCAUCCACCACCAAGUGAUAAAUUCCAUUUAUAUGUGGAAUGGACAUUCAAAUAAUUACAAACCUUAAUUGUUUAGUUAUAGUCUUGUAGCCUUAUUAAUCAAAAAUCAAACAUACCCCAUUCUUGGCAAGUUCAUACAUUUUCAUAGAAUUUUUCUUGCUCAGCACAACUGCACAGAUACUUUGGUAUGCAGAAAUAAAAUACUGGCUAAAAUCCUUCUGUAUUUUUACACCACUGUAACAACUGCACAGAGCUGCAAGUUAAAAUGCUAGAGGAGCCAUUUGCUGCUGCAUGAUAAACUCUGCAACUGGGCACAUAAUAAGAAAUGCCUGUGCUAACUUCUUGCACAUGUAGCCAAGAUUUACAUUGAUUCUGUUGCAUCAGCAAGCAUAUCUAGUAAGAUUUUAGUCUUUCAAGUUGACGGGAAAAUUUGGCACAGCUAUAAUGAAAGCAAAGUAUUGUAAAUGGUGAAGAAAUACUCAGGAAUAACCUACUUAAUUUUCUAUUGAAAUCAAACAUGUAUUUAUUUGUCCAGUGAUGUCAGGUGAAAAGAAAAACUAGGUGACUUAAAUUAAUAGGCUAUUUUAAGAUUUUUUUUGCUAAUUUCUUUAGACUUUGUAAGCAAUAAUCCUUCCUGUGAAUAAGGAUUAUCUACAGUUAAGAUUGCCUAUGCUCCCUUUUAUACAAUAAAUUAUCAGUGCAAUCAUUAAGAAAAAUAGUAAUUAACUAUGCUCUUAGGAAGGUCUAUAUGUGUGUUUUUAUGCUGUACAAAUAUAAUGCUUAUAUUACAGUUAUGUCUGAACUGUGUAUAUACAAUUGUAUAUAUUUUGUAAAUACCUUCAGCUUUUUACAGUUGUGAACGUUCCAGUUAUAAUUGCAAUCUCUUUUCUAUAGAUUUUUUCUGCUUAUAUAAAAUUUGAGAUAGAGUAUUGAUGCUAAAUAUUUUGUGUAGAGCCUGUUAGUCUUCUGCAGGUUUUGUAAAUGAUUUAUAUACUUCAUAAAAUACUUGCCGCUUAGUCCUACAUAUAUUUGUUCACAAGUAAAUCUAUGUUUAAUGUAGAUUGAACAUAGAUCUGUACAGAUUUGUGCUGUUGCAGUUUCCCACUGAAAACAAUUGUUCAAUUAAUAGUAAUAGUAAUAUUUCUUGGCCUCUCAUUGUUUCACUUGGUAUCAAUUCUAGAACUAUCUUGCUAAAAGCCUUGUCAUAAUGCAAAACUAAGGAUGUAUCUGCCAAAUGAAAAUAUCUCAUUGCAUUUGGCUAGCUCAAGAAAUAGUCACAGCAGUUUCAGAAAUCAAAUAACAUGUUCAGUCACUGUUAGUUACAAUGGCUGCAUUUUUAAAAUUCUUGCUCAAGGCUGUGAACUUGUAUUACCAGUUGCAUGAAAGAAGUGGUCAGUAAGAAGGAAAGAAGUAGGCAUGCACAUUUAACAGUUCGUGUAUUGGACACGGAUUCAGUCUUGAAAGAACCAGAUUUAUAUCUUCGCUUCCAUUUCUCCAAAUGGUCAAUAAUGGAAAUUAUUUCAGUUGUAACUCAAUUCUUUAAAAAUGAUUGCAUCCAACAUUUUAAAACAAGUGACUUCUUGGAAAAUCUAGUGUAUUUUAUUUUAAACUAUAUUAGGUGCAUGCACUAUUAAGCACUCUGAAAGGGAUAAUUUCACAAGACCACAGAUCAGAUUUAGCUGUUUGACAAUGACAUUUACAAGGAUUCAGUUGUUCAGCUCUCUAGUUAGUUAAGCCAACAUUCCUUUUCCAUUCAGUGAAACAAUUUUCUGAGUAUAUGUCCAUACUAC